AUGACACAAACUCGACACUCCGUCAAUCCGCGCUGUCACUCGCCACACUGGCCACGUGGCGCAAAAAUCGCGAGCAGCCUGACGUGGCACUCUUUUUGCGAUCAACACGUGGUGACAUCGGACGGAUUCUACGAUUUUGUAGAAGACGAAGGUGAUCGUCGUGCGGCUAACGUACGAGAACGAAAACGAAUGUGCAGCAUUAACGUCGCAUUUAUCACAUUUCCAUUCGAAAAGACCGCUGCUCAAGAAGUUGACAGCCCCUAA